CGUCCCGGCGGCGGCGAGCGGGGAACCGGGAGCUGAGAAGCGGCUGCCCGCUGCCUCCCGCCGCUCCAUGGCCCCGGCCGCGGCGGCGGAGCCCAGCGCCCGCCGCCCCCGGGGGAGCGGCCCCGGCCCCGGCGGGAGGCGAACGGCUCGGCGGCCGCCGGAAGAGCGGCUGAGCCGGACACGAUGACUGCCGAGAGCACCAAAACCAAUGGACCCGUGCGGGAGCUGGAGACGGGGGGGACCAAACCGCCAGUGCCCCCCGCCCCGCCGCGGCGCCGGGGACGCCGGCUGCGGCGCAAAUCACCGCCGGAGGUCCCGGUGAAAGGGCAGCUCCGCAUGCGCUCGCCGUCAGGAGCCUUUGUCAUGGUGGGCAUCUCGGUGGUGCUGGUGGGCAUGACCAUCGCCGUGGUGGGCUACUGGCCCCACCGGGGACCCAGUGGCACCGGGGCCAGCGUGGGGAACACCAGCAUCGUGGGAGACAUGAGGAGGGAGGUGGCUGCUGGGCGACACGUGCCCCACAGUGAGAAGCUCAAGCUGAUCGGCCCCGUCAUCAUGGGCAUUGGACUCUUCAUCUUCAUCUGCGCCAACACCAUGCUGUAUGAGAACAGGGACAUGGAGACCCGCAGGCUGAUGCAGAAAGGGCUCUACUCCAUGGCGGGGGGUCUCCCUGAGGGGACCGGCCCCGGGGACGGUCAUUGCCAGCGUGGGGACGGCCAGCCCGUCCCGCAGGCCAGCACCGAGUGCGUGGAGGGCUGCUACCAGGUGGAUCUCUCCUGCCAGCCCUGCCUUGGUCCUGACGGCAAGUGGUCCAACUGCUACGGCUCCAACAGGCUCCAGACCACGGCCGAGCUCCUCCGGCACCCCGCAGCGUCCCCUGCCGCCUCCCUCCUCAGCCUCCGCUCCGGCGCCUCCGCCGAGGCCAACCUCAGCCUCUCCCACCGCGCUGGGGCCGAGUGCCUCAUCUCCUCGGCUGUCGGGGCCUUGGCAUUGCCCGUCAUCAAGCUCAACAACUGUUUGCUGGACGCGGCGGCGCAAGGGCCUGGCAAGAAGGCAGAGGAGGCUCCUGCUGGUCCCCUUGCUGAGGCACUGCAGCUCUCCCAGGCUCCACUCUCCAGUGGUGCCAACAUCAUGCCCGGUGGCCAGGACCAUGGUGGUGGUGGCCAUGUCAUCAUCAACGUGGACGGCGGCUGCCCCAGCGUGGAGCUCAGCCUGGACGCACAGCUCCACACCCCGGGACACUCCAAGUCCCUGGACCUGGGCCGGCCAGGGGGGCUGCUGGUGGCCCCCAUGAAGGACCGUAAGAACCGGAGCUGGCCCCGGCUGGACCACCUCAGCCUGGUGGGUUAUGCCAAACUGGAAAGUGCUGGCGAGUCCUCAGACCGGCUGCUGGAGCCCAGCGAGCCCCGGCCCAGCUCCUGGGCCGUGGGGAUGGAGCCGGGGGGCACGCGGGUCUGAUGUCCCUAUGGCCUUUGGGGACUGUGACAUUACUGUCCGUCAUCCCAGCCCCCAGCACCCACCAGCGACCCUAGAAUCCACAGCCAGGAGAGGUUUGGGGGAUGCUUCUAAGCAGGUGCCAAGAGGGAUGUCCCAACGUGCGGCAGCGGGGGGACGACUCACCUGGGUGGGGUGUUCUUGAUGACUUCCCGGUGGAUGCCCUCGGCCUUGCAAGCCCUUUUCCAUGGAGCUCUUGCUUUGGGACCCAACACAGACUGUGGGGUGGGGACAUGGGGGCAGGCGAAGCCCCACCGGCUCCUGCAGCACUUUAUUUCAGCAGGGUUGGGGCGGGGGGAUGUUUUGAGGGGGUGGUGUUCCCUUGUCAAGCCUCAACCCACUGGGAAAUUUGCUUGAUCGGAACACGUAAGCCCAACGGGGCUAUUAAAUAUUAUCUUGAUGCCA